AUGCGCAGGAUUCGGGCCAACGCCAUCGCGAUCCUGACCGUCGCCUGGAUCCUGGGCACCUUCUACUACCUGUGGCAGGACAGCAAACCUGCAGCGGCGGCUGUGGCGGCGGCGGCGCCCUCGUCAGCGGGGAACCACCACCACCAGGGAGGAGGGCGCCAGGAGAUCCACCGGGACGACAGGACCAUCCCGCUCAUUGUGAGCCAGCCCCCGCGCGGUGAGCAUCAGGACCUUCUGCUUGGCAGCUUGGAUGAGAACAAGUACCUGGAUGCCAAGCAGCCCAAACCUGGCGACGACCCGUACCGAGAGCACGCCUUUAACCUCAUCGAAAGCCACCGCCUUGGAGCACAGCGGCCGCUCAGGGACACCAGACACUACAGGUGUGCCUCCCUUAACUAUGACAUCGACCUUCCGUCCACAAGCAUCAUCAUCACCUUCCACAACGAGGCUCGCUCCACGCUUCUGCGCACCGUCAAAAGUGUCUUGAUGAGGAGUCCUCCGCAGCUCAUUCACGAAAUCAUUCUGAUUGAUGACUUCAGCGCUGACGCCGACGACUGCCAGCUGCUUGCUCAGAUCCCCAAAGUGCGUUGCCUGAGGAACGGCAGGAGAGAGGGACUUAUCCGGUCCAGGGUGCGAGGGGCUAACUCUGCCUCGGCUCCCAUCUUGACAUUCUUGGACAGCCAUUGUGAAGUGAAUACUGAUUGGCUGCAGCCCAUGAUUCAACGAGUCAAGGAGGACCAUACUCGAGUGGUGAGCCCUAUCAUCGAUGUCAUCAGCCUGGAUAACUUCGCUUACUUGGCCGCCUCGGCUGACUUGAGAGGAGGAUUUGACUGGAGCCUCCAUUUUAAAUGGGAGCAGAUUCCCAUUGAGCAGAAAAUGGCCAGAAGUGAUCCCACCCAGCCAAUCAGGACCCCUGUGAUUGCUGGUGGUAUCUUUGCAAUGGACAAGAGUUGGUUCAACCACCUUGGGCAGUACGACACCCACAUGGAUAUCUGGGGUGGGGAGAACUUUGAGCUGUCAUUCCGUGUGUGGAUGUGCGGUGGGAGUUUGGAGAUAUUGCCCUGCAGCCGCGUGGGUCAUGUGUUCCGGAAGCGACACCCGUACGACUUCCCAGAGGGCAAUGCGCUCACUUACAUCAAGAACACGCGGCGGGCUGCCGAGGUGUGGAUGGAUGAGUACAAGCAGUACUACUACUCAGCCAGGCCUUCAGCACAGGGCAAAGCUUUUGGCAGCAUCACCGACCGUCUGGCACUGCGACGGAAGUUGAACUGCAAACCUUUCCGCUGGUACAUGGAGAACGUCUACCCCGAGCUCAGGGUUCCUGAGCAGGAGGCCGUGUCCAGUAUCCUCAGACAAGGCUCAUUGUGCCUGGAGACCAGAGGGACAGACGGCCUCGGCCUGGCGGAGUGCAAGGUGCUCAGAGGUGGCAGGCUUCAGGCGCAGAGGUGGGAGUUAAUCGAGCCGCUGAUCCGGCAGCAAGAUCUCUGCUUGGCCAUCACGCUCUUCACCCCCGGGUCAAAGGUCACCAUGGAGCCCUGUAGUGCCAAAGAGCCGAGACAGAAAUGGAAGCCCAAAGGUUCGGCCCUACAGCACACAGUCAGCGGUCUAUGUCUGGACAGUCAGAGCCCGCCCGGCCCGCCUGUCGUCGCCCAGUGUCGCCCCAUGUUGGCCAGCCAGACCUGGGAGCCACAGAUCAUCACCUGA